AUACAUCAACUUUCACGUGGCCGAAUAGUUUUCGCCAGCGUUCGGUUCUAGAUUAACGUUAUUUUCUAAACAGAAAUCAAAGUUUAUUAGUUUGUCCUACAUCGCCAAGGGAUCUUGUCAAAACGUUGAAAACAAUCUACCUUAAUUGAAGUGUAAAUUCACAUCAACUACUGCAUACCACAUUUCUGCCAUGGCAUCGAAGCGGUCUCUCCUGGGUGAAAAUGAUACCACAGUAAGCAAAUGCAAGAGAAACAAACACACAGACUCAGAGGAAGAAUUGCUGCCUAAGGAUUCCUUUAGGAACAUGAUUCACCAAUUUGGAGCUGAUGUAAACAAGGCUUUUAUCGCCAAGAGGAAACAGUUUAAUAACUUCACAAGUUCAACGUUAAAAAACAGCAGUCAGAAAAUGUCUAAGAUGUGGCAGAACCAGCAGAAAGACAGGAGUCGUAUUACAGAAGAUUAUAACUCUCAGUUCAAUGCAGUGUUUCAGCAGUGGAAAGUGGAUUUGAAUAAGACCAAAGACAUGGAUGAAAAGCUUGAAAGCAUGUUCCAUCAGCAGCAGAAGAUGUUUCAACACAUGAAGGCAGCUCAGGGCCAGAGACUGAAGACACUCAAACAACUUUUGGAACAGUACACAAAGGGCUUGAAGGAAAUGGACAAAACACAUGUUGAGGAACAAGGAGAGCUUCUGAAUGACUUGCGCCAGGAGAUGGGCGUCCUCCAGAAAAAUAUGCUUAUGGCCAACCAAAAACAGGAGAUUGCAUCUGUGCGCAAGUCCCUACAGACCAUGCUGAUGUGAUCUCACCGGGAAGCUACUCUCCAUUUUGCAUUGAGCACUGGGUGUUUAUAACUUGUGUAAUUUUGCUUGAUUACUAUUUAUUGAUCAAUGGUCAAGUGUCAGAGAUUAUCUUGGAUGUCAGUGUCUGCAUAUCACACUUCUAUAUUUUCAUAGCUACUGAGCAAAUAGAGGGACCUGUAUUUAUUCUUAAAGUAUUUACUUGUUAUAUUAUUAUUUACUUUACUACUUUAUUUAUUAUUUACUUUAUUCUCUGUAUUACAUCAAAACUCAUUUAAGUAAUAAAGGUCAGUUAUUGUAACAAAUGAGACUACACCACGUGUUAUCAUAAAUAUAGCAAUCUUUAUUUUUACAGGUGCUUUUUAUUCCAAAAUGAGAGAACAGCAAUUCUUACAAACCAACAGACAGAGAAGUCAGCUGGUCAUAGUUUGCCAGAAACAGUCAGCACACAAUGUAAUUUGAUUUAAGAGGAAAAGCUGUACACACAAGUUAUCUUUGACCUGUCAGAAUUCGAACAGGCUUAACGAGAACACCUAAACAUUCUGUGAUGUUGCCAUAUUCUUGAUUCAGAUUCUACCGCAGGCGACAACAUAGGUGAAAACGCCCUACACACUCGACCACUCAACAAACAACCUUUGUUAUGUACAAUUUUAUUUCCUUACAGAAUAUUUGGCCUCUAGAAACAGAAUAUGUUACGACUAUGACAGAGUUAACCCAUUCUGUAGUGGCAUUUGCCCACAGACAUUUUAAUUAUUGUAGUUAAUUGAGUUUUUUUUUUAACCGUCCAAAGAACAGUAGAAUCCAAAUAAACAACUACAGAAUGUAAUAGACAAAUGGGCAAGCAUUUCAUGCAAAACACAAAAUGGAGGAAUUCUACAAUGAAAAUAUAGCUGGUUAAUGUCACCGUGGCUAUGUUAGACCAAUGUUCCCACCAAAAACACAAG